AUGCAAAGCCGUCAGUCUUUAUCACCUACCUCCCGCCAAUGGACCUCGACUGGUCUGUUCAAUCUUAGGCGUUCGAGGAUCCGCCUUGAACCAGCUAGAGGCGACGAUAUGACGGUGCCUUGGCAUUAUCGUGCGGCAGGCUAUACCGAAAGCGACGCCCUCCCUGUCCCCACCAGCCACGCCACAAUGCCUGCAACGUACGAUGACCAACACUGGGCCCUUCCUAACAGCGCCCCUACGGCUUCACAACACGCUCCUUAUAUGGAACCCUCGCCUUGGGGGUACAAUCACCCACAUCACGCGCCCAAUGCUAGCGCUUCUCAUGUACAUCAAGCAAGUUCACCAGAGCACCUCGGAUACUACGGAUAUCCAUCAGGUUCUCCCGCGUACAAUACGUUCGCGCACACGCCGACAGCAUAUGCUAGACAUUCACCUGUGGAAGCCAGUUCGCCCUAUCUCUCUUCCGAGCGCUUCGUUGACUACAGAGAUGGCUUCAUGGCAGACGCGGCCGACAUAUCAGACCCAGCACACGCCAACGGAACGACCUACUUCAAUCACAGCCCGGAUGGCUUCCCGAGUGUGCCACCUCCUGAUGUCGCUGUCGCCCUCGCGCCGGACCCCUUUCCUACGCCGGGCACGAGUCGGCUGCCUUCCGCUGUCGCGACGGCGUCUCCCGAAGACAGACACGAUCCUCUCCCGCGCAACGAAGUAGGAACGUCGCACCAAAGGGAGGCCGCUCAACGGCGUCGUCGCACGGCCGCCCGGUUGUACUGCCCAUACCCGGGCUGCGAGGCGUCCUUCACGAGGGGCCACAACUGCAGAAGUUCGUGGCUGGUUUGA